UCUGCUAGUGUGUCUGGCGUGCGCAGAGCGAUGGAGGCCUCCUGGCUGGAAACGCGAUGGGCGCGGCCUUUAUACCUGGCGUUCGUGUUCUGCCUGGCCCUGGGACUCCUGCAGGCCAUCAAACUCUACCUACGAAGGCAGCGACUGCUGCGGGACCUCCGCGCCUUCCCGGCGCCUCCCACCCACUGGUUCUACGGGCACCAGAAGUUUCUUCAGGAAGAUAAAAUGGAGAAGCUUGAGGAGACUGUUGAAAAGUAUCCUUGUGCCUUCCCUUGUUGGGUUGGGCCCUUUCAGGCAUUUUUCUUUAUCUAUGACCCAGACUAUGCAAAGACAUUUCUGAGCAGAACAGACCCCAAGUCCCAGUACCCAUACAGGUUCAUGACUCCGUGUCUUGGAAAAGGACUCUUGAAUCUAGAUGGGCCCAAGUGGUUCCAGCAUCGUCGACUACUGACUCCUGGAUUCCAUUGUGAUAUCCUGAAAACAUAUGUCGAUAUGAUGGCCCAUUCUGUGAACAUGAUGUUGGAUAAGUGGGAGAAGAUUUGCAGCACUCAGGACACAGCUGUGGAGGUUUUUGAACACAUCAACUUGAUGGCCCUGGACAUAAUCAUGAAAUGUGCUUUCAGCCAAGAGACCAACUGCCAGAUAAAUGGCUCCCUUGAUCCUUAUGUAAAAGCAACGGUUGAACUCGGCAAAAUUAUAUUUUAUCGCAUGUACAAUUUCUGGCACCACCAUGACGUAAUUUUCAAAUUCAGCCCUAAUGGCCACCUCUUCCAAGAGUUAAGCAAAGUGCUACAUCAACACACAGAAAAGGUAAUYCAGGACAGAAAAAAAACCCUCAAGGCUGGAAUGAAGCAGGAUAACACUCAAAAGAAAAAGUACCAGGAUUUCCUGGAUAUUAUCCUUUCUGCCCAGGCUGAAAAUGAAGACAGCUUCUCCAAUGCUGACCUGCGGUCCGAGGUGAACACGUUCAUGUUGGCUGGGCAUGACACCUCGGCCGUGAGCCUCUCCUGGCUCCUCUACUGCCUGGCUCUGAACCCUGAGCAUCAGGAGAGAUGCCGGGAAGAGAUCAGGAGCAUCCUAGGGGACGGAUCUUCCAUCACCUGGGACCAGCUGGGUGAGAUGUCAUACACCACAAUGUGCAUCAAGGAGAUGUUCCGAUUGAUUCCUCCAGUCCCGUCCAUUUCCAGAGAACUCAGCAAGCCCCUUACCUUCCCAGAUGGACGCUCCUUGCCUGCAGGAAUCACCGUGGUUCUCAGUAUCUGGGGUCUUCAUCACAAUCCUGCUGUCUGGAAAAGCCCAAAGAUCUUUGACCCAUUGAGAUUUACAAAGGAGAAUUCUGAUCAGAGACACCCUUAUGCCUUCUUACCAUUCUCAUCUGGACCAAGGAACUGCAUCGGGGAGCAGUUUGCCAUGCUGGAGUUAAAGGUGGCCAUUGCCUUGAUUCUGCUCCACUUCAAAGUGACUCCAGACCUCACCAGGCCUCCUGUCUUCUCAAACCACAUUAUCCUCAAACCCAAGCAUGGAAUCCAUUUGCACCUGAAGAAAUUCCCUGAGUGCUAGAUCCACAAGUACAAUGACUUAAUAUACUUUGUUUUUAAGUCACAUUUACAGUUAAUGGUUCAAGCAAAUAGAGAGGAAUCAACAUGCGGUAAGAGGGUUGGAGAUAGAUGGAUUAAGGGAUAUCUGUAGAGCUGCACAUUCCCUAAGGACAUUUCCAGGUAACUCCUAACACUGUUUGUUUGUGUGAUUCCAACUAUCAUUAAUACUAUAUACCAAGCACUUUGCUAAGUGACUUCCAAACAUAUUCUGUUGUUUUUUUAAAAAGUUUUUAGAAUUACAUGAUAGAUGAAUAUAUAAA